UUGUCCGCGUGUUACGGCAGCGGCGGCCGCGCUUGGCGGCCGCUGGAUGAGCGGAGAGUGGGAGCCGCGGCGCUGAGGAGACGUGGGGGAUAUGGCCGAGAUACCGCCGGGGCCUAGCAGCGUACUCUCCCCUCAGGGGGACACGCUCUCCCCCUUCCCCGGAGGAGGAGGAGGAGGGGGGACUGCUUCCUCCUCCUCUUACACCUUUUCUCCUGCCGCCGCCGCCUGUACCGGGGCCCAGGACGAGGAGGCCGAAGAGGAGGAGGAAGAGGAGGGACCCGCGGGCGGACUGGAGCAACAGCGAGGAGGAGGAGGAGGCAGCGACGGAGGCAAGGGGGGGCAGCAGCACUGCCACCACCAUCAUCAUCCCCCGCACCACAACCACCAGCUCAACGGCCUCAUCAGCCCCGAGCUGCGGCAUCUGCGGGCCUCCCUCAAGGGCAAGAUCCUCAGCUCGGAGGCAGGGGUAGCUCCCGAGGGGCUGGAGAACAAGCGAGCCAGUAAAACAAUGGGCUCUGGACAGCAGCAGCAGUCAUCGCCCCCGACCACAGCACCGUGCUCAUCCUCCCUUACCAACCACCUCCCUCCUCAGGGAAGGACUGCACCCUCUCCUCCUCCUUCUCCUCCGGCAGCAGCAGCAAGAGAGGACAGUAGCCAGCCUACUGCCACAACUACGACUGCUGCUAAGACUGCAGCCGACAGUGGACUGGCAGAAGGGACUGGCUUGGAGGAGGAAGAGCAGGAGGAGGGGAAUAAAGGAGGGGAGCAGGAGGAGUCCCUGCUGCUACUCUCCGAGUCCUUAGCAGCAGCUUGUAGUUUGAAAGGCUCGGGAACGGACUCUCAGCCCGAGGAGGACAUAACGAUACGAUACGUCCAAUAUGAGUCAGAGCUGCAGAUGCCCGAUAUCAUGAGACUGAUCACCAAAGAUCUGUCUGAACCCUACUCCAUUUACACAUAUAGGUAUUUUAUCCACAACUGGCCACAACUUUGCUUUUUGGCCAUGGUAGGUGAGGAGUGUGUAGGUGCCAUCGUCUGCAAGCUGGAUAUGCACAAAAAGAUGUUCCGCAGAGGUUAUAUAGCCAUGUUAGCAGUGGAUUCCAAAUACAGAAGAAAAGGAAUUGGUACAAACUUGGUUAAGAAAGCUAUUUAUGCUAUGGUUGAAGGAGAUUGUGAUGAGGUUGUAUUGGAAACAGAAAUCACAAAUAAGUCUGCUUUGAAACUUUAUGAAAACCUUGGUUUUGUGCGAGACAAGAGGCUGUUCAGAUACUAUUUAAAUGGAGUUGAUGCACUGCGUCUUAAACUAUGGCUGCGUUAAAAGAAACCAUCAAAUCAAGAAACUGACGUCCCAACAGCGCAAGGUUGUCCUUUGCCAUGCAAUGCAAUUUGUACAAAAUUGCUUUGCAGGUGGACUUAGUAAUUUUCAUACAGCUCUUAAUCUGUCAGUGUCUCAUUGAGUGUCGCACAUAUUUGUUGCACUUUGGCAUGGCGCAUUUGUUCAGAAUUAAAACCGAUUGUUUCAGACUUCGAGUUCUUUUGGUACCAGCAAGAUGUGCCAGUUGAUAACCAAGAUAUUUUCAUUCAUUUGCAAGUCUACUGACUAUUACAUACACAGUGAACGUUUUAUCAAAGAACCUGUAUGUGGAACGCGACCUCUGGUUCCAGAAAAAAGCCAAUGUAGAUUGUAAAAUUCUAUAAGUAUACUAACAUUUCAUACAAAAAAUUGCCAUAGUUUUCUGGGAAAAGGCUUCAAUUUUAGGUUUUAUUUUUCAAUAUUGAAUUUUCCAUUCUUAAAUAUUGGUACCUCAGUGAUUAGUGAAUGAAAAAAUGUAUUGUAGGGUGGGGUGUGUGUUACAAUGAGUAACAGUAACAAUUAAAUUGCGUCUGCCAGUGCCUGUAUAGAUAAGUAUAUUUGUCUUCACCUCUUAAGUUUGGAGUGCAUGCUUUUAUUCUUUUACUUUCUUCAAUUGUCUUUGCAAGAAAAUUUCUGCUUUUAUUUAAAUUCUGGAUUUGAUAAUAAAUUAUUUCAGAUUUUUAUAAUUUGGAUACUCCCAAAUUAGGGUUUGGAAGACCCUUUUCUUAUAGCAAGAAGUGUAAGCUAUUUUGAAAAUCUUGAGUAGCUGCUAAAAGAGAACCUGAUGUCACCAGUAAAUCUCUGCUGGUCUUGGAUGCACUUUUUUCAUUAAAAGAGUGAGGGACUUUUGAAAGACUAUAUAGAAAAUUAAUGUAAAUUGGUAUGAUUUUAUUUAAUCAAAAUUAUUGCUAGAAGCUCAGAAAAACAGCUGUUUUAAGAUAGUUGGAACAAUUUUUUUUCAGAUUCAGAGUACUUUGCUUCACUGUUCUAAAAUGCUUCACUCUUGAUCUUGGAAAUAAAUUUCAAGGUGUAUUGUAUGCAUUUUUAGCUGCUCUAAUUUUCUCUAAACUUUCAUGAGCUAAAUUAUUGGGGGAUUUUCACCCUCUAAAAUGAAAGCAGAGGGGAAGGACUUCUCUCUUUCUCUCUCUUUCUCGCAUUUGCUCUUGCUCUGUUUUUCUCUAUUUUUCUCUUUUCCUUUCUGAAAUUGGGCUUACAUAGGUUUUACCAACACCUAUCAAUAUUUUCAGUAAUUACCGUGUCUAGGCUUUCUUGUUCAGUGUAAUUAUACAGCCCAGUUCUAUGAAUGAGUUGGAUUUUUUCACUUCAGAAAGAAAAAAAAGGUAUUCAUUGACUUGUGGAAAUACCUAUGUAACCUGUGAAAAGGAUGAACUCUCAGUAAAUCUGCUCUUCUGUAGCUGAACGUACUCUUCAGAUUUGCCUUACUACACUUUAUUAUUAUUAUUUUUGAGA